CUUCUGCGGGUUUUUUUCUUCCAGCUGCAGUUUGUUGAGUCGCUGCUGCGGGUCGAUCAGCCGCUGCCGAACCAAACCGACCGCACUGGACCCAUGGAUUAAAGGAGCGGCUCAGCAGAGGUAUGGAGUGUGUGUGGUUGGUGUGUGUGUGUAUGCUGAGUGUGUGUGUCGGGGAUGACAGCGCAUUGGACAGAAGUGGCCACGCCCACCAGGACCAUCAUCCCCUGCAGGUGGUUUCCAAUGGCGACGCAGCUUCAGGUCUGUGCGUUGUGGACCCGCCUCUCUGCGGCGAUCAGAACUCCUUCCUGAGCUUCGAGGCGAUCCGCAGCAUCCACAAGCUGAUGGACGACGAUGCAGACGGCACCGUGGACGCCAUGGAGACAGACGAGUUCCUCAGGGAGGAUCUACAGGAUCGCAACCCGAAAGCCAAGCACCGCAGCUUCCACCGGGCCGACCCGCACAUCAGCCUGGAGGACAUGUGGAGAGCCUGGAAGGAGUCUGAAGUGUAUAACUGGACAGCGCUGCAGGUGGAGGAGUGGCUGUCCCUCAGCGUGGAGCUCCCUCAGUACGCCGCCGGCUUCCGCAUGCAGCAGCUGGACGGGAAGGCGCUGCCAAGGCUGGCGGUGAAGAACGUGACUCUGACCGUGUCGCUGCUGAAGGUUCUGGAUCGGAGUCACGCCCAGAAGCUGCAGCUCAAGGCCCUGGACGUGGUUCUGUUUGGACCGCCAGCAGGCCGGCAGAACCGGUGGAAGGACCUGGUUCUGGGCCUCUCGGUGCUGAUGGCUCUGGGCGGCUGCUGGUUUGCCUACAUCCAGACCAGGAAGUCCAGAGAUGACCUGGGGAAGCUGAUCAAGGACCUGGAGGGCCUGCAGAGGGCCGAGGAAAGUCUGCUGGACCUGCAAACAAAGCUGCGGCGGGCGCAGGAGCAGCAGCACUGCGUUCAGGUGGAGAAGGUGAAGGUGGAGGAGGAGCUGCGGAGCGAGAUCAACUCGGCCAAGCGGGAAGCUCAGCGGCUCCGUGAGCUGAGGGAGGGAUCUGAGAACGAGCGCAGCCGGCAGAAAUACGCCGAGCAGGAGCUGGAGCAGGUCCGGACGGCGCUUAGGAAGGCGGAGCGGGAGCUGGAGUCGCGGGCACGCUGGGCGCCGCCGGAGGCCCUGCAGAAGUGGCUGCAGCUGACGCACGAAGUGGAAGAUCAGCAUUACAACAACAAGAAGCAGAACGCAGAGAGGCAACUGCUGCAGGCCAGGGAGGGGGCGGAGAAGAUCAAGAAGAAGAGGAGUUCUCUGUUUGGAACGUUCCACGUGGCUCACAGCUCCUCACUGGACGACGUCGACCAGAAGAUCCUCUCAGCCAAACAGGCCCUGGCUGAGGUAACAGCGGCUCUGCGGGAGAAGCUCCACCGCUGGCAGCAGAUCGAGUCUCUGACCGGGUUCUGUGUGGUCAACAAUCCGGGUCUGGGAGCCCUGGCCGCCGCUCUGAACCUUGACCCGUCCUUCCUGGGCCUGCGACCUCCGACCCCACAGAACCUGCUCCUGUCAGACGACCUGGACGACAUGGACGAGGACAUCCUGUCUCCGGGGACGUUGCAGUACGCAGCCUGGCAGAUGGACCGGCGUGUGAGCGACCUUUGGCCUCUGAGUGGCAUCACAGACACGCAGUUACCAUGGAAACAGUCAGCUCAGAGUCUGAUGCCCCUGCGGCAGAGGGCAGGAGACCCCGGGUUGACGUUUGGCUCUCAGAGGGACAUCAUGAGCCGCUCAGACUCUGACUCCGCCCUCGCUCUGUCUCUCAGCGAAUCACGCGCUCUGCAUCACUCCAGGCCCCAUCUUCUGGACUCCAGGCCCCACCUCCUGCAGGAUCAAAGCUCUGCCCACAGAGGAGGAGGAAGAGGAAGUGGAUGUCUGGAGAAGAGCUCCAGCCUGGUGGAACUGAGAGGCCCCUCCUCCUCCGCCCUCACCUCUGCCUGCUCCACCCAUUCCCUCUGCAUGGCCGCGGACGACAGCGCUGCCUUCCUGUCCUCGUCCGCCUCGUCCAGCUCAUCCGGCAUCGGACAGGGAGCCGGUGUCCAGCCGUCCAACCUGAGGAAGGACAGAGCAGACGGUCUGGAGGUGUCUGUUAGCCGCAGGAAGAAAGCUUUCUACACCAUCUUCAGGAAACGGCGGGACAGUCCGGACGCUGUGAGCCAAAGAUGAAGGCUCCCGGGUCAGGAUGGAGUAUCGUCUUCAUAACCCAGGGAAGAGGAGGAGUCAAACACCAGUGAGGAGCUCCACUUCAGUCAGCAGCUCCACCAUAAACUCUUAUCUGUGAAAAUCCUUUUCUGCUGUUGGAAAAAUUAAGACAAUAAAACAGAAAUGAAAUAUU